AUGAGUACCUCAAACGAAACCAAUCCCGAUGCGGGCUGGCAACCCAAGGGACGCCCACAGUCAACCAUCGCUCUCGACUUCUCUGCUGCCCUGGACGAUUUGUUCAAGCUCAAGGGCAUCGGCGCAUUGGAGGAAUCGGUGGUGCAAAAGCAAGACACAGUCCUCUCCCAAAGAUACGAACUCGAGACGCUAGAGACGAAACUGCGCGAAGCAGACGAGAAGCUGAAACGCCUUGAAGCCAAGCACAGACGACAGCAAAGCCAAAUGAUCACAAAACGGAAACCUGUGUCUGCCGAUACGUUCAGUGCCGCAGGUAACGACACGGAAGAGGAUAGCUCUGGCGACAGUGACGGCCAACAAGCGAGCUCUCCGUCGUCCGUGAGAGCAGAUGGAUCCCGAUAA